AUGUUAAGAGCCAAUUGGACUAAAGCAUAUGUUAAAUGUAUUUCUACUUCUAAAAGAUAUUUUUUUAGUAAAUCUUUUGUUUCUGGAGAAGAAUUAUAUAAGAAAACAUUAAAAAACUUACGUUUAACAAAAGACUCAAAAGUUCUUUUUCAGGGAUUUACAGGGAAACAUGCGACAUUUCAUGCGCAACAAGCAAUUGAUUAUGGAACAAAUAUUAUCGGUGGGACAAACCCAAGGAAGGCAGGGAAAACACAUCUUUCAUUACCUGUGUUUAAGGAUGUAAAAGAAGCUAUGAAAAAUACAAAAGUCGACGUUUCUGCAAUUUUUGUUCCACCUGAAUUUGCUUCUGGGGCAAUUAUUGAAGCAAUUGAAGCAGAAGUACCUCUUGUUGUAGCGAUUACUGAGGGAAUUCCACAACACGAUAUGAUUCGUAUUAUGUACGCUCUUAAAUCGCAGUCUAAAACACGAUUAAUUGGCCCAAAUUGUCCAGGAAUUAUUGCUCCUGGCCGCUGUAAAGUUGGCAUCAUGCCUAGUCAUAUUCAUAAACAGGGAAAAAUUGGGAUUGUCUCUCGAUCAGGCACUUUAACUUAUGAGGCAGUUAAUCAAACAACCAAUGCUGAACUUGGUCAAAGCUUAGUUAUUGGAAUUGGAGGAGACCCUUUUCCAGGAACUAAUUUCAUUGAUGCUUUGGAAUUUUUUUUAGAUGACGAUGAAACUGAAGGCAUUAUUAUUAUCGGUGAAAUAGGGGGAUCAGCUGAAGAAGAAGCGGCAGAAUUUUUAAAAGAAAAAAAUCUUUCUCGCUCGAAACCUAAACCAAUUAUAGCUUUUAUUGCUGGGAUUACAGCUCCUCCUGGACGUAGAAUGGGUCAUGCCGGCGCAAUUGUAACAGGUGGGAAAGGAACUGCUGCUACUAAAAUAUCUGCAUUAGAAAAUGCAAAUGUAAUUGUAUCCAAAUCACCUGCACGUUUAGGGGCACUCUUAUAUGACGAAUUUAUAAAAAACGGACUUAUUUAA